CCUCCCCUACACUUCCUCUUGAGUGGUUCUCCAAAUGGCCUCAAGUCCCACCUCCAUCCUCCUCUGCCCUCCAAUAGACAUAAAGAAAGACACCAAUGCUGGUGGCGUGGUCUUUGACUCCUCUUUGCUUCGAAAACAAACCAAGAUCCCGAGCGAGUUCAUAUGGCCUCCAAGUGAAAGGCCGAGCACUCUAAAAGAACUCAAUGUGCCAGUGGUGGACCUCGAGGGUUUCUUCCAAGGCGACGAGGCUUCCACACUGCGAGCGGCUGAGCUCAUCAGGACCACCUGCAGUAGCCACGGUUUCUUCCAGGUCACCAACCACGGUGUCGAUGCGUCACUCACCCAAGACGCAUUUGAUUGCAUGGAUGAAUUCUUUAGACUUCCCCUUAGCUGCAAGCUACAGGCGAAGAGGAAGCCAGGGAGCCUGUGGGGGUAUGCCGGGGCUCACUCCGACCGCUUCUCCUCCAAACUACCUUGGAAGGAGACCCUCUCCUUUGGCUACCUUGAAUCUGGUCCUGAACACACGGUCGUGGACUACUUCACAUCCAUCCUAGGCAAAGAUUUUGAGAGAAUGGGGUAA